AUGAAGGCCUCUCUUUUCCUCUCUGUGGCCGCUUUCAUUGCCGGUACCAAUGCAGCUGUAGCCACCCUCUACGAGAUCUCUGUCCCACCCAACCCCAACAUCCCCACUCCGACCAUAUUCAAGGUCAUUCAGUCAGGCACGACGGACGUGUCCGCGAUCGGCACUGGGACGGACGGGAAGACGACCUAUGUCCAGAAGAACAUCAUGAGCCUAUACGUCGUCGAGUACCCGCUGCCGACCAAUACAGCGCAGACGACGACUGCGACGGUGGUUACGGCGCCUGAGACGCUUGCAGUAACUUUCGCGGAAGAUGGGGACGGCUAUCACGCAACGCGCUCCCCGUCUCUCCUGCCCACGGCUAGUGCGACGCCUGGUGGGCUAGCAUUCCAGCCAGGCCUCGACGAACAAUGCACGUUUAACCAUAAUAACGGCACGGGCUCCUGCGUGCGCGUCGCCAUUAAUAUCGACGAGAAUUCGCGGACUGUUCGAUCCACGACGACGUAUACUGGAUCUCUGCGAGCGUGGACGACUCUGGGGGCUGAAAGCACUGGGGCGUCGUCUACUGGGGACGCAUCAUCAACGACGAACGCGGCUGUUAGCAGCCUUGGUGGGAGUCAGGCAGGCUGGCUUAGGGUUUCUCUUGCGGUUGUGCUUGCUUUCACAAGUGGUCUUGGCCUUCUGUGGUAA